AUGAAUAAGGCCGUGGUUCUCAACCGAAAAAAAAAACCACAUACCAUCGGAGAAGAAUUGAUUUUACCAGCUUGUAAAGAAAUUGUUGAUGUCAUGUUUGGUAAAGAAGCAGCUGAACAAAUUUCAAACAUACCGCUGUCAAAUGAUACUGUUCGUCGAAGAAUAAUAACAAUGUCGGAGGAUAUUGUAAAAAAUGUAAAUGAGAUAUUACAAAAAGAUAAAGAAUUCGCAUUACAACUUGAUGAAAGUACCGAUGUUUCUGGUAAAUCUCAAUUAAUUUCUUUCAUACGAUUUGUCAAUGAGGAAAAAAUAAUUGAACAAUUUUUAUUUUGCCGUGAAUUGCAAACUACAACAACUGGAGUUGAUAUUUUCAAUGCUGUUGAUAAUUAUUUCGAAGAAAAUAAUAUGGUAUGGUCGAACUGCAUUUCAAUUUGCACAGAUGGUGCAGCGGCGAUGACUGGCCGAUUUAAAGGAUUUCUGACUCUCGCGAAAAAUAAAAAACCUAAUUUAAUAACAAUUCACUGUUUUUUACACCGUGAAGCUCUUAUGGUAAAAAGUUCGGAUGGGGGAGAAUUAAGUGAUGUUCUCAAAACUGUCAUUGAAAUGAUUAACUAUAUUAAAAAACGACCAGUCAAAUGUAGAAUAUUUGAAGAAUUAUGUAAAAAUAUCGGUACAAAACACACUACUUUGUUGUAUCAUACUGAAAUACGUUGGCUUUCUAGGGGUAAAAUAUUAAAUCGUGUAUUGGAACUUCAAGAUCAAUUACAAAUUUUUUUUGAAGCUGAAAACAUAAAUAAUUAUGCAAAUAAAAUUGAUGAUCAAAUGUGGUGUGCUAAAUUAGCUUACCUUGCUGAUAUUUUUCAAAAACUAAAUGUUUUAAAUUCGAGUAUGCAAGGUCGUAAAGAAAACAUAAUUUCAACAAUUUCAUUAUAUGGUCCAAGUGGAGAAGAAAAUAUAAAAAAUGCAAACUUAUCUUCUACGGAAAAAGAACAAUUACUAGAAAUAUCAUCAGAUACCACGUUAAAAUCUAAAUUUUAUAUGUCUGAAAAUGAUUCAUUUUGGAUUUCUUUGCAAAACGAAUACCCAGAAGUGAGCAAAAAAGCGUUGCAAAUUUUGCUUCCUUUUUCAACAUCAUAUAUGUGUGAAUCAGCAUUUUCGAUAUUAGAAGUAACAAAAACCAAAAAAAGGUCAACGCUUAAAGAUAUUGAAAGUGAAUUACGCGUAAGUUUGUCAAAAAUUCGCCCACGAAUUGAAGACCUAUGUUCAAUUCGCCAAUCACAAGUAUCGCACUAA